GGAAGGAAGAGCCACAGAUAUGCAUGGUUGGAGAGAGCGGGGAAGUUUAAUUUGGAGGGGGUACAGUGGAUUUACAGUGGAUUUGGAGAGCGCUGCGGAGGAGGAGUGGAAGGCCUGUGCCGCCCACGCGGCCGCCGCGCCCCUCCGUGCGGCUAGCAUCCCCUCCCCUCUCGGCUGCUUGCUGCGGCGGCGCGUCGGCCCACGGGUGAAGAGGGGAGAGGCGAGAGUGAGGAGACGACGACACACCUGUCUCUGUAAUGCAGAUCGGGUUGACGGAUCCAACGGCUGGAGGAAAGUGUUUAUAGAAAAGCCCCUCACUGUCCAUUAUUUUGUGAAGAAGCCAAACCCGUCGAAUUGCAAGCCAGCACAGAACAGAUCCCUUCUCAAUCGCAUCUGGGUCUGGCAGUCUUCUCGCGGUUGCAGGCCACAAACAACUGCUCCUCCUGCAUUCCCCCUUUCCCCUUCCGUCCGCUGCAUUCCUGCUCUCUUGCUCUCCUCGCUCUCAGACCACAGUUGCCGCCGCCGCCGCCCUAAGCCAGGGUGCUGAGGCUUUCGUUGGCCUCUUCGCCGGCAGCGAGCACCCACCAGUUCUGUAGAAAUGGCUGAUGGUGAGGACAUCCAGCCUCUUGUCUGCGACAAUGGCACCGGAAUGGUCAAGGCUGGUUUUGCCGGCGAUGAUGCACCAAGGGCUGUAUUCCCUAGCAUCGUUGGGCGUCCUCGUCACACCGGUGUCAUGGUAGGGAUGGGGCAGAAGGAUGCAUAUGUUGGUGAUGAGGCACAGUCCAAGAGAGGUAUUCUCACGCUCAAGUACCCGAUUGAGCACGGUAUUGUAAGCAACUGGGAUGACAUGGAGAAAAUCUGGCAUCACACUUUCUACAAUGAGCUCCGUGUUGCCCCGGAGGAGCACCCUGUGUUGCUUACUGAGGCUCCUUUGAACCCAAAGGCCAACAGGGAGAAGAUGACCCAGAUUAUGUUCGAGACUUUCAAUGUUCCUGCCAUGUACGUUGCAAUUCAAGCAGUCCUGUCACUCUAUGCUAGUGGCCGUACUACUGGUAUUGUUCUCGAUUCUGGUGAUGGUGUGAGCCAUACUGUGCCCAUUUAUGAAGGAUAUGCCCUUCCUCAUGCUAUUCUACGUCUGGAUCUUGCUGGUCGGGACCUCACCGACUCGCUCAUGAAAAUUCUCACUGAGAGGGGUUAUUCCUUCACAACCUCCGCCGAGCGAGAAAUUGUAAGGGACAUCAAGGAGAAGCUUGCGUAUAUAGCUCUUGACUACGAGCAAGAGUUGGAGACUGCCAAGAACAGCUCCUCAGUUGAAAAGAGCUAUGAGCUACCUGAUGGCCAAGUAAUCACCAUCGGUGCAGAGAGAUUCAGGUGCCCCGAGGUCCUCUUCCAGCCAUCCAUGAUUGGUAUGGAGGCUGCUGGAAUCCAUGAGACAACAUACAAUUCAAUCAUGAAGUGUGAUGUGGAUAUCAGGAAGGACCUCUACGGCAACAUUGUGCUCAGUGGAGGUUCGACUAUGUUCCCCGGUAUCGCUGAUCGUAUGAGCAAGGAGAUCACUUCCCUUGCACCAAGCAGCAUGAAGAUCAAGGUCGUCGCACCACCUGAGAGGAAGUACAGUGUCUGGAUAGGAGGGUCGAUCCUAGCCUCGCUCAGCACUUUCCAACAGAUGUGGAUAUCCAAGGAGGAGUAUGAUGAGUCUGGCCCGGCAAUCGUCCACAGGAAGUGCUUCUAGGUUCCGCAAGUUCCUCAUUGUUAUCUAGUCUCAAGUUAUGCCCCCGUCAUUUCUCGAGAUAUGUGUGGCAGAUUUGCCUGCGACGUUUAUUUUCAUCGGACCUGAGUCUUCUCGGGGUUAGCAGCUACCUUUGAAUGUUGUGGCUCCCUGUGCGAGCGUGCUGUGUCGUAUCACCUGGUUUGUGAGAUUAGUUGUUGUCAAACUUGCUUGGUUUGAUUGGUUGUGCGUUUAAGAGCUGAUAGUUAUAUACAUAUAUUGCUUUGCUAUACCGCCGCUAUAUCUAUGUAGCCUUUAUGUAUGUAUCUGGAUUCUGAAAUGCAAGAAUGAACUUCGAGCAGCCUUUGUGUUGCCGAUAUUUUGUGGUGCCGUUA